CUGACCCUUGCGUUUUGUUUAAAGUGUUUUUAUAUUUACAAUUGCAAGGAUUACGCCAGGUAGAUGUCCGCGCGCAUUUUUUAUUUUUUGCUCUGCAAGUAAGUUUGGAUAGAUCCAGCCGUGUCUUGUCAUUUCAUUGUCGAACUGUGUGUGUAGCAACAUCGUGGAUAUCGAGUAGGUGCCGUGGUGUUGGGAUAGUAGAAGUCUAUGCCAAGUGGAUAUCGAGUGGGUGCCGUAGUGUUCGGAUAGAAGGACUUUCAAAUGGAGUACCCCGAGUGCGACAUGUACUUGGAUGGUGACUAUGUUGUAGAACAUCUGCAGCACGAGCAAACUGUUACUUGCAGUGAGGAUUUCUUAACGCCAGAGGUCGCUUCCUUUGUGGAGGUUGAGACUCAGCUGAUGGAUGAUCAGGAUGCCACGAAUUGGGUAUCGCCUGGACUAGAGCCACCAUCAGGCUCUUCCUCUACAGAAGAUGAAGUUGACGGCUACAUAGAAAACCCAAGCCAAGGAACAAACAGCAGUUUCGAAGAGUUCCGCUCCCUGAAGUUUCAGGUGCGGUUUCGCAACCUAUUCACAACAGCUCCCAAUGCUUUAAGAUGUCCAUUACCCUGCUUCAAUUGGGCAGACUCCAAUGAGGUGUGGACAAAUAUGUUAAAGAAAGAACUGACGUUUCAGAAAGACUGUGGCCUGUUUGAAAAUCAUCCAGAAUUACAGCCACGUAUGAGGUCUAUACUGCUUGACUGGUUAUCAGAGGUAUGUGAGGUAUACAGGUUACACAAAGAGACCUUUGCCCUGGCUAUAGACUUUAUUGAUCGUUACCUGAGUGUUACCAAAAACAUUCCUAAGACACAGCUUCAGUUGAUUGGCAUUUCUGCACUUUUUGUGGCUGCUAAACUGGAGGAAAUCUAUCCCCCAAAGCUUACGGAGUUUGCUUAUGUCACAGACUCAGCUUGCUCUGAAUCAGAAAUUAUCAGACAAGAGAUGAUUCUAGUUAAGGCUUUGAAAUGGAAUCUUUCCCCCAUGACUGCAAAUGCCUGGCUGGGCGUCUACCUCCAGGUUGCCAACAUAGAUCACAUCCAAGACCAGGAGUUAGGCUUUGUGUUUCCUCAGUAUUCUACACAUGCUUUCAUACAGAUAUCUAGACUCUGUGAUCUCAGUCUGAUGGAUGUCGGAUCAUUAAACUUUCGCUACAGCGUCAUCGCAGCCUCAGCUCUCUAUCACCACACAAAUGAAGAACUGGUCAUGGAAGUUACAGGCUACAACUGGGCAGAUCUGUAUCCUUGUAUUAAGUGGAUGGCUCCUUUUGCUAGAGCAAUACUAGACGUUGGACAGUCUCCCAUCAAGUUUUUCCAGAAUAUCAACGCAGAGGAUUGCCACAAUAUACAGACACACAACGUUGACAUGGCGCUGGUGGAUCGUGCUGCUGUUCACCAAGCAGCUUAUAAAGAGAAAGAAAAAGAAUCGCCAACUUCUCUUGAUCUCUCUGCUCAGCUGGUUGGCCUCCUAACACCGCCAGCCAACAAAACCAGGCCAACAGAAGAAUUCACAGACGAGGAACCUGUAAGCAGUUAACACUGCUUUAAACUGAUCACCAAUUUAAAAGUCUUUCUGACAUGGACUGAAUCAACAAAGAAAUUCUCUUUUGAACAAUGUGGGAUGUAUGGAUAUGUGUGUAUAUUCUGACUUUGGAUUAUAUGUGUGGGUAUGUAAUUAUGACUUUACUGACCUUUUUUUUUUCUACAUAAAUUUUGUGACUGAAAUGAUUUGGGACCAAUGUUUGUUAGAAAUAAAACAAGAUAAUAAAUGUUCCAAGAUGAUGUAUUAUAAUUUGUUAAUGAAUUAGUACUAGCUGACUAACAUUGCCAUGUCUUUGUGUUUUGUUGAUGUGUUUGAAAUGAAAUGUAUUCUAUGGGCUAAGUCGAGGGACCAAUUAUUGAGGCUAGCUAAUUUGUGUAUGUACUUAGAAUAUAAUGCUCAUCCUCUUUUUUUUUUUUUGUAACUUGGGUUUAAGUCACUGACCAUAAUAAUUAGUCACUUCUUGCAUCAGCCCUUGAUGCUACAUAUUCAAAAGAUUAAUUCACAGUUUAAAUCAGUGUAAAAUUGUUUCAUUUUAUUAGUUAGACAAGUGUUGUUGUUUUUUUUCCAUCUGCUUUUACAUAAUUUUAGUGCUCAAGUAUCCAUUUUUGAAAAAGUGAUUUCCACCUAAAAUCACUUUUAAAAGGUUAUUAGAAUUUCAGAAGGUUAUAAUGAAAUUGGAAAACAAAAUAAAUUUGGACAUUGGUUUGAAAAAAUUUAAUGAAUGUAUAAGAUUAAAUGCAUUUUUAUGGUUGUUUUAUUAAAAUAUGAUUGUGUUUUAAUGUAAUGCAGGAAUAUGUGUCAGUGCAGUUAACAAUGUGCUUUACUAUCUGAGUUUAUACCAUGGAGUUGGUACUGACACUACACCAGUACAUAGUGUACAUACAAAUUUAUUUUCAAUGAAAUUCUGAGAAAUUUAUGUAAGAGUACCACUUUUCCCCCCCUCCCCCAAGUGAUCUGACUGUCGUAACUCAAAUGUGAACAUUUGCAUAGUGAUAAUUUUUUUUUGGUUGCUGGACUCUGCUCAGCUGUUGAAAUUAAAAAAAAAAUUUGUAUUAAGCCUAGCUCCUCUCUGCAUGGUGCUUUAUUGGCUUUCUUUAAUAGUAAUGGCCUCGGCUGACUUGGUGUUCACAAUUUUUUUAAAAAUUAUAGGGAUAUCAUGAUGUGCUGUAUGAGAAAUUUUUUUAUUUUCUACCCAUGUGCCUUAUUAGUGACAUGAAGUUUACAAUUUUAUUUAAUUGCUGCCUUAUUUUCUCACACCAUGCUUCGUUCUUGAUAUAGUUAUAAGUUUUUUUUUAUUUCUGUAAUGUGAUGUCUGAAAGAGUUUGUAAAGAUAACUAUUUCAAUAGUGGAUUAACUGUUUUCCGAACAGUAUUACUUCCAAACCCAGCAGUGAAUUAAAAUUAAAACAAACAUUGCAACUAUUUUUUUUUUAAUUGCUGCGAAAUAUUUUUAAAUUUAAAUGCUGAGUUAUUUUUUUUUAUCACUGAAUGUCAUUUUCAAACAGCUUUUAUAAAUACAUUGUUGCAAUCGGGUGUUUUGUAAAGCUCAUUUCAUCAUAUUGUGUGAUUUCAAACAAAUUUUAGUGAUCUUUAUGUCAAGUCUUUUUUUUUUUUCUGUACCACAGUUUCUGGUUUUUCAGGGGGUAAAGCACAGGUUACCAUUUUCAAACCCAGAUCUGGCACAUGACUUAUUUAAGAUGGUUCAAAAUGUUCAUUCUUUAUACCUCAUUCUUACCAAGAGUUCAUUAUCUGCAUCCAAAUUUUUAGUUCUGUUGACUUCAUAUUUCAUACUAGUAUGGGCAUUACACAUAAAGCUCUCAGACCACUAUGUAACUCCUCUAAUGGAAUUUUUUUUUUUUAAUUUCAGAUGUAUUUGCUUAAAACUUUGAAUUACUUUUUUUAAGUAUGAAAAUAUUUGUUAAAACUAAUUGUUGAAGUUUGUAAAAGUUACUAAAGGUUAAAAUUUAUCUUCAAAAAAAAAUGUUAGAUUCUUCUGUUGCUAAUUAGAACAUUGUUGUCAAUGUAUUGUGAUUUGUAAAUGCUUUGUGGGUUGAUCCUUACCUCCAAGGGCAUUGUAAAAUCAUCUUAUCUUGUAUUGUAAUGGCAUUUCUAGGCAUUUAAACAGCAUUUUGAUGAAUGGCUACUCUUGAACUAUAGAUUCUAUGUUAUUAAGGCUGUAUAGGAACUCAAGUUGUGUGGCAGUGGCUUAAAAAUGUUAAAAUGUAUGUCUGAAUGUUUCAGGUAUUCUGAAUAAAUAAAAAAAUUUAAACAGAAAAAAAAAUUUUAGCUUGUAUGCGUCAUUAUGUUUAUAAGAAAUAUGUGUCUGUAUUCAUUGUAUGAUGAACCUUUGCUGCUGAUAAUAUAAUUCUGGAAUGAAUUGUUUUCUGACCUAGAUAGUAUAUAUAGAUAUUUAUCACUUGUUUGUCAACUUGUACAAUGCAUAUUAUGUAUUUUCUUGAAUGAAAUAUUUAUUCGCUUUUAGAAUUUCGGCUACUUUUUUUUUAAAUGUAAGAGCUUUCCUUUUUUAAAUGGUGAACUUGAGAUCAGAGAAUUGUCUAAUUCUAUAUAUAUAUAUAUGCUUAUGCCUGAUAAGUUGCGAGUGCUUAACAUUGUCAUUUAAUUUAUUGCCGACUUCCAUGCCCUUUUUUUUUUGCAGCAUUGAAAUAUUUUACGUAUCCAUGGUCAUAAUCAUGAAAUGAAAUAUUGUCAUUGAUGUUGAAGAAUCACACGAAGACUUAAUGUAUAAGAGUGUGCAUGUGAAUUAUUUAUUGAGUUGAGAAAUAUGGGACCCUCCCUCGCCAACCUCUAGCCUGCCUGACGUGGGGAUCAUGUGCUUGUGUGACAGGUGAAGCGGGAUGUGCAAUCAACAUUGAUAGUCUUGAUAUUACGGCAUCAAAAAAAAAAAAAAUACCCCGGAUAAUUUGUAAACGGGGAGAUUUUUUUUGCAUUGAUGCUGAAUAGGCAAAUAAAAACUGUUAGAUAAGCAUCAUAAUUUUGUUACAGGAUUAAUCCUUUUAGAGGCAUUUUAUACAUACAUUCUCAUAAUAACUAGACUAUAUAUACUUUUUUUGUUUGUUAACUGGCAUGUAGAUUUUAUAACAAGAUCUGUAUUCAGCAGCAACUAUUGCAAUUAUUGUAUGCCACCAUAUUGUGAGUCAGAUAUUUGUGUUCAGAUUUGACCAGAUUGUAGGCCACUUAAAUCUCAGUUUUUUAAUAUAUUUUUUUUGUAAUUGCCGCUUUUCGUUUUGGUGAAACCAAGUUCAUUUAAUAAUACAUUUUUUUUGCAACGCAAACAAUCCUGGUGGUAAGACUACGAUGUACAUUCAUGUCCUAGUGUAAUUACAUUUGUUGUAUAUGAAAAAAUAAAAAUAAAUAAAUUAGAAAUGAAAUUAUUUUUUGUUUUGUAAUUUCUUUUUCCACAUCACUUUUUGAAAUAAAUAUUUUGUAUACAUUUCUUCCAUAAUGUUUUAUCUUGUCAUAGCUAGUAAAUAAAAUUUGAAUUUUUUGUGUGUGUGUCCAUGAUGCCACUUAGCCUAUUCGUUGUCAUGGUUACUUAAAAAAAAUGUUUAAUAUUGUCAGCAGAAAUGUUGUAGUGUUGUUUUUCAUUCAGAAAUCAAAGAUGUUUCCUUCAGUUGAAGAGUUCCUCCUCGGCUCUGUAUGUUGUCUUCAUUCCAUUGCAAUAUGUAUGAAGCAGAAAUAAAAAGUUUAUUUAUUUCCACAA